AGUUCCUCGGCCAGCUGGCUUUGAUUUGUGUUUAAAUCAACACGUGCGUCUCAAUAAUUUCAAUUAUUUGAUUUGAUUUUUUAUCGGUUUAAAAUUUAAUUUAACAACAUGACUAAAAGUGCAAAUAGUAGAGUGAUCAUGGUUAAAAAUGUCCCCCAUGGUUUCUAUGAAAAGGAAAUGAUGGAAUUUUUCUCACAAUUUGGUCCUGUAACUCGUCUCAAAUUAUUGAGAAGCAGAAAAUAUUUAAAAAGCAAAGGGAUUGCUUUCGUUGAAUUUGCAUAUGAUGAUGUCGCUAAGAUAGUAGCUCAUACUAUGGACAAUUACCUUAUGUUUGAAAAGUUAUUAAAAUGUGAAGUUGUACAACCCGGAAAACUUCCAAAAGGUGUCUUCAAGAAUUGGAAAAAACCAAAAGUAUCUUCAAUUACUACUCAUAAGAAAAUUAGUGGAAAAUCUAAGAAUAAUGCUGAAUGGAAGAAGCUCAAAGCAAAGAAAAUCAAAUUGAUAAAGGAAGCUAUACAGAAAUUAGAAGCAUUGGGCAUUUCUUACGAGUGUACGAUAAUUGAAAAAUCGGAUGACGAGAGUGAAGAUGAAGAUGUCAAGGAUGAAUCAGAUUUCGUGUCAUUAAAAGAUGACUCUGAAGAUGAAUCGUUUGUGUCUUGUGAUUCAAAACCAAGCCCACGAUUGAUUAAAGCGAUUAAAAGCUUGUCUGAAAAAAAGUUUGCCAGAUCAGGAUCAUCAAUGAAAAGAAAAUUACUUUAUAUUCCGAAAUUCGCCUUUUUGCGUGCUGCGAAAAGGUUGUCCCUGUAAUUUCCAAGACUAUUUUUUCAACUGAUAUUGUUAAUGAUUAUAGACGAUCUCAUGUUUAAUCAUCAUAAGCAAUUUACACUCAACUGCAAUUAAAAAUUAAUUCAUUUUUGAGGAA